CGCAGAGCUCGCAGCGCGCGGGCGUCGGGUUAUUUCCAGCCGCGCCAGUGAAGUGAGGCGGGACGCGUCGAGGGCAGCCAAGGCCACGGGGACGCGCCGGCUGGGUUCAUCUUUUCCAGAGGCCUGCCUGCACCCAAGAAGGACACAAUGGAGACGUUGAUUACCAAAUUUAAUACAAUUCAGGACCAGUUCCGGUUGCUGAGAGAGGAUCCUAUUGAACUUCCGCAAAUAGUCGUCGUUGGUAUUCAGAGUGCCGGAAAGUCUUCCGUUUUGGAGGCAAUAGUGCAGCAGUCGUUCUUACCACGAGGCACUGGGAUGGUCACGCGAUGUCCGCUCAUCCUCCAGCUGAUCACCUGCCCCAUGACAGACGCACGCCGUGACUCUAAAGGCACUACUGAUAUUGAACAAUGGGGAGAAUUCCUCCACGCUGAUGGGCAGAUCUUUGAGAUGACAGACAUCAGGAGUGAAAUCGAGAAAGAGACGAUCAGGCUUGCCGGAGUGAAUAAAAACAUAUCUCAUGACAAGAUCACCUUAAAAGUCUUCUCUCCAAGAGUACCGAAUCUCACUCUUGUUGACCUACCUGGUAUGAUAAAGGUGCCAGUGGAGGGUCAGCCUUCUGACAUUGAAAAACAAAUCCGGGAACUUCUGUCUUUGUACAUAAACAAUCCACUGAGCAUCAUACUCGCUGUGGUUCCCGCGAACAUGGACAUGGCCGCCAACGAAGGUUUAAAAUUAGCGAAGAAAGCUGAUCCGGAUGGCUCCAGGACUCUGGCUGUGCUCACCAAAUUGGAUCUCAUGGAUGAAGGAACUGACGCGUACCAAGCGCUCACCGGAAAGGUGAUUCCAGUAAAACUAGGCAUCAUCGGUGUCGUCAACCGUUCUCAAAAAGCAAUCGUGGACAAAAAGUCCAUUGAAGACAUGCUUCGGGAUGAACGCAAGUUCUUGAAAAAGAAAUACCCUGAUUUGUUGAGUAAGAAUGGGACCCCUUAUCUGACAGAAACCCUCAGCAACCUGCUUCUGGACCACAUCAGAACUUGCUUGCCUCGAGUGAAGGAUAGAGUUCAAAACGAAAUACUCAAAUGUGAAAACGAUUUGAAAAUAUGUGGUGAGGUGAUUACGGACAAGAAGAAAUACUUGAGCAGGGUCUUGUCAGAUUUCUGCAAUGAGGUUUCGAAAGUUCUGGAAGGUGGGCAGCCCGCACCUGAAUCCUCAAAACUUCUGAUUGGAGGCGCACACAUCUGCUACCUCUUCAACAGACUGCAAACUGGCUUCACCUCCGUGGUGCCCUGCGACCUGUACUGCCUGGAGCGCGUGACGAUGAUGAUCCGCAACGCCAGCGGGCCCAGGCCGCCCUUCCUCGUGUCGGAGCAGGUCCUGGAGGACUUGGUCAAGCCGCUGAUAGCCGAGUUUCGCAAGCCCUCCCUCACGUGUGUCAAGGCGGUCAUGAUGGAGAUAAAGCAUGUUGGCAACGAAAAGUUUCCACUGGAUGUCGGGAGUCGAUUUCCUGUCAUCAAGGAAAAGGCGGUAAAAAUUCUUGACGACGUCCUGACGGAAUAUUCGAGACCUGCGUUGGACAUGGUCAAUACCACAAUCGACAUUGAGCUGGGGCAUAUUACGUACGGCCAGUUCCAGUUGGACGACGCUAUGGAGAAGCAACUGCAGAUCGCUUUGAAAACUCCGGACGAAAGGGCUAAACUUGGAUUGCCUGAACUUCCCAUUCCAUUUAAAACUGAUGUGAAAUACGUGGAUUCUCUCAAGAGGAAAGUCAAGACUUCUGAUUGGGAGUACAGUGAUCCUAUACAAUCAGAGAGCGAGCUUCGCAAGAUUCUGCAACUGAAUGCCAACGAUGAGAAACACAUGCGAAUUUUAGGAUUGAUGCUGAAUCACUAUUACCAGCUGGUCUCGAAAAAAGUGGCCGACACUGUGGCGAAGACAAUCAUGCAUUUCGUGGUGAACGAGGUGAAACGGUACCUGCACGGCAAACUCACUGAAGGGAUGUUCGUGGACGAGGUGAUCGAUACUUUGUUCGAGGAAGACCCCGGCAUCGAGAAGAGAAGGCAGGACAACUUGGACAAGCUGGAGAUGCUGGAACGGGUUUUCGGAGUGCUUCAAGGGAUUGCGUAGCAAUGCUGAACCUUGUGCCAAACGUCUUGGUGAGGACGACCAGCUGUCAGUAUCUUGUGCACUAUAAAUUUGUAUCAUUGAUUAAAUUUGCAACCAACAAA